GUGUGCAUCAUGAUUCCACGUUUUCAUACAGUGCGCAUUGAUCGUCAGAACAAGUCUAGUUACUGUCACCUUACAAAGGUAAUACAGUGUUGUUGACUACAGUCCGCAUGCUGUACAUUACAUCCCCAGGACUUACUUAUUUUCUAACUGGACGUUUUGUCCCUUGAUGCCAGGAAGGCAUCCUCUGGGUGUUGUGUCCACCGUGGAGGGAAAGGGCAUGGUUUGAAAACCGCUCAUGUCCAGGUUCGACCAGUAACAGCCGACCAGUAACAGCCGCAGGGCUUAACAGCAAGAAAAUACAGCGGAAAAUUAAAACAACAAACUAACGUUUGUUAGCUGAUUCGCUCGUCUACAGAUGACUCUGCAAUAGGAGUUGGGACCUAAAAGCACUGAAGAAGGCUCAUUACUCUCUUGGACAUCUCUGGAUGACACCCUACAACCCGAGAGGUUUCUACAAUAGACUGAGAAAUGCCGACAGGUUAUUUUCUUUCCAAGAAAGAGAAAAGGAAACAGUUUUGCGGGCCUGGCCCGGGAUCGAGAGGCGCGUGAGUCCAGUCCAACCAUGCUCAGAUUGCAGCGCCCGGGCCUGGAGCGGAGAGAUCCUGUUUCCCAGGAUGGCAGCCGCACUCGGGCCUCCAGCGACCCAGUGGGCGUGGCCCCGGGGCAGCGGCCACCUGUUUUUGCAGGAGGUGGUGCCGCUGACCUUCCAAGACGUGGCGGUGUACUUCUCUCGCGAGGAGGGUCAGCAGCUGGGCCCCGACCAGCGGGCACUGUACAGGGACGUGAUGCUGGAGAACUACGGGCACGUGGCCUCGCUGGGACCCCCUUUCCCUAAGCCGGAGCUGAUCUCCCAGCUGGAGCAAGGUGAAGAGCUGUGGGUCCUGGGUCUCGUGGGAGCUGAGGAGCCAGAGGCCUUGAGCAGCUGCGGGACAGGUUCUGAGAUUGGGACUGAAAAGGAACCAUCCACUGUAAGCCAGACAUGUUCUGAAGAAGUAAAAACCCCAGAAUUGCUAUCAAGAAGAUUCUCGAGGUGUAAUCUCAAGGCUCCUGACUUGCAGGAAGCUUGGGGCUGUGAAGAUAAACUAGAAGCACACCUGGAAAAUUCUGGGCAGAGUUGGAAGAAACUCCAUCUUCACGAGAGAGUUUUUAGGAAAGAAACUGCCAUGUAUAGGGAAAGACCUCCAGGAGAAACAACCCAGGAGUGUGGUGCAUUUGAUGGGAACUUGAAUCUGAACCAAAAUGUUGUUAGAUUUCAAAGAAAUAAAACAGGAGAGAGAGCCUUUAAAUGUGAUACAUGCAGCAAAACCUUCAAAUACAGUUCAGACCUAAGUAGACAUCAGAGAAGUCACAGUGGGGCAAAGCCUUAUAAGUGUGAUCAGUGUGGGCGAGCCUUUACUCACAGCUCAAGCCUUAUUCUGCACCAUCGAGUUCACACUGGAAUUAAACCAUUUAAAUGUAAUGAAUGUGGGAAAACUUUUGGUCUCAAUUCCUACCUCCUUCUCCAUCAGAGAAUUCAUACUGGAGAAAAACCUUUUGGGUGUAAUGAAUGUGGGAAGGCUUUCAGUCGAAGCUCCACUCUUAUUCAACAUCGUAUCAUUCACACAGGAGAGAAACCGUACAAGUGUAAUGAAUGUGGAAAAGCCUUCAGUCAGAGCCCACAGUUAACACAGCAUCAGAGGAUCCACACUGGUGAAAGACCCCACGAAUGUGACCAGUGCGGGAAGGCCUUCAGUCGAAGUUCAAGCCUCAUUCAGCAUCAUAGGAUCCACACUGGAGAGAAGCCGCAUGUAUGUAAUGUGUGUGGGAAAGCCUUCCGUCAGAGCUCCAGCCUUUUCCUCCAUCACAGGGUUCAUACUGGGGAGAAGCCCUAUGUUUGUCAUGCGUGUGGAAGAGCCUUCGGUUUUAACUCUCACCUCACUGAGCACGUGAGGAUUCACACUGGCGAGAAGCCCUAUGUUUGUCAUGCGUGCGGCAGAGCCUUUAGCCGGAACUCAACUCUUGUUCAGCAUCGAAGAGUUCACACUGGGGAGAAACCUUAUCAGUGCAUUGAAUGUGGGAAAGCUUUCAGCCAGAGCUCACAACUCACUCUACACCAGAGAGUGCACACUGGUGAGAAGCCCUACGAAUGUGGUGACUGUGGGAAGGCCUUCAGCCGGAGGUCAGCCCUCACUCAGCAUCAGAGGAUCCACACUGGUGAGAGCCCUCGUGCAUGCAGAAAGUGUGGUCUAGCCUUUGUUCACAGCUCCAGCCUUAGGCCACAUGGACAGAUUCACACUGGAGGGAACCGCUGUGUGUGUGAUGGACGCAGCCGAGCCCUCAGCCAUGGCACAAACCUUGUUCUGCAUUGGACAAUUCACAAACGCAUUGUGUUUUCACAGUCAUUUGGUGUGUAGCCUUUUGACCUAGCUUCUUUCACUUAAUGUACUGGCGAUUCAUCCAUGCAUGUCCUCAUAGUUCCUUCCUUUUUACAACUGACCAGCACCCUGUUGUAUGGAUGUGGCAGUUUAUUUAUCCGUUCUCCCCUGAAGGGUACUUGGGUUGCCUCGUGCGGGGCAAGGAUGAGUAAAGCUGCUGUAAGCAUUUAGGCUCUUUUGUGAACCUAGCUUUUCCGUUUUCUUGGGUAAAUCAGAUAAGAGUGGGUAAGCUUAUUUUUAACUUUUUAAGGAACUGCCAAACUGUUUUUAAAAGUACAUUCCCACUGGCAGUGUAUGAGUUUAGUUGAUUUGAAUCCUCACCAGAACUUGGUAUUGUCAGAUUUUUUUAUCCUAACCAUUUUAGUGGGAAUGUAGUGGUGGUAGUCUGCAUUUCCCUGUUUGUGAUUUGAGCAUGAAGCUUCUGUUUAGAGAGUGUCACUGGGAAGUUUGAGAAACACUGGACUAGUUAAGCUGCACGGCCUGACCACCCUGCCAUUCUUUCAAUUCUGAGACUCCACCUGGAGGGUUCUUUUUUCCAAUCUUCAUUCCCUGCCAGCCAACUCAAAUAUGUGGCCCCUUAACGGAGCCUUACUUGGUCACCCUCUGCUCCCUCUUCGGGGUCUCCUUAGGGGUUUGGGAUCACUUAUGCAUUUGGUUUGACUUAAUUUCAUGUGCUUGUGUCCUGCUUCUCCCAUUAUGUUAUUAAAACUCUAAGCACAGAACCUCUUCUAAGUGUGGGCUUGGCCAGCCCCAGUGUGGUCAGUGUGGAAGGGUCCGCAGGCCUCGUGUUUUCUUCUGCCUUGGGCUUAUUCUGUGACCUUGGGUAAUGCAUCUUAUCUUUCUGGGUCUUUUCCCUCACCUUUUAA